CCCAGGAGCAGCUGGGAGGCGGCUCUGGGGGGAGCGAUCGCUGGGCUCAGGCCCGGCAGCAGGAAGUGACUCGCAGCCGCUGCGGGGACUCUGGCUCCAGGCUCCUGGCGAGAUCCCCGAGCCCCGGCGGCUGGUGCUGGGAGCCCGGAGCCCGGGCUGCAGCCGGGAGAGGGGAAUCUCCAGCAGGGCCCUUCCCGCUGCUCCCCAGGAGCCUCUCCCAGGGCAGAGCCCCCAGCCCGGCCAGGCCCCUUCCCGGCCCGGCCCCUGCCCCAGGGGGCCCCGCUCGGAGGGAAGGCUGAGGAAUCACGUCCACGUUUUGCUCCAGAUGGGCCCAUCUUCCAGGAGACAGGGAAGGGAAAUGUCUGUGAUGGAGCCAGCUCCGAUGCCGGUGACCUUCGAGGAGGUGGCUGUGUAUUUCACCCAGGGGCAGGGGGCUCUCCUGGACCCUGCUCAGAGAGCCCUCUACAGGAACGUCAUGCAGGAGAACUACGAGACGGUGACCUCGCUGGGAUUCCCCCUUCCCAAACCUGAGCUGAUCGCCCGGCUGGAACGAGGGGAAGAGCCAUGGGUUUCUGAUCUCCAAGUCUGCGAGGAAAGAAGGCUUCUGAGAAGCACCCGUACAGGUGCUGAGCGAGGGAGUGAGAAUGAGGCGGGGAAUCAUCAUGAGGAAGUUCCUGGGGAAGUGGAACCGCAGGGGACCUUCUUGGGAAGAGCUGAAGGAAAUUUUUCCCAGUGCUUGGAGCAGGCAGAAGCCUUGGGAAGUUGGCACAGGUCAGAGAGGCUUCUGGGACACCUCCCAGGGAAGAAAGUGGAUGAAUCUGUUAACGGUGGGGGAGGAGAGGAGGAUCCCACAGCGCCGCAGACAAAUCCCAAGAAAGAGACACCCUGGCACUACCUUCAGUCUCUCGAGUGCGGGAAAUGUUUCAUAUCAAAGACACAAAUAAUUAGACAUCAGUUAAGCCACACAGGGGAGAGACCCCACAACUGCUUGGACUGUGGAAAAAGUUUCAUAAGAAAGUCAAACCUUGUUAAACAUCAGGCAUUACAAACAGGAGAGAGACCCCACAAGUGCUUGGACUGUGGGAAAAGUUUCAUACAGAGGUCACACCUAGUUCGCCAUCAGGCAUUACACACAGGAGCGAGACCCCACAAGUGCUUGGACUGUGGGAAAAGUUUCAUAAGAAGGUCACACCUUGUUAAACAUCAGGCAAUCCACACAGGAGAGAGACCCCACAAGUGCUUGCACUGUGGGAAAAGUUUCAUACAGAGGUCACACCUAUUUCGCCAUCAGGCAUUACACACAGGAGCGAGACCCCACAAGUGCUUGGACUGUGGGAAAAGUUUCAUACAGAGGUCACACCUAGUUCGCCAUCAGGCAUUACACACAGGAGAGAGACCCCACAAGUGCUUGGACUGUGGGAAAAGUUUCAUAGAGCGGUCAGACCUUGUUAAACAUCAGGCAAUCCACACAGGAGAAAAACCCCACAAGUGCUUGGACUGUGGGAAAAGUUUCAUACAGAGGUCAGACCUUGUUAAACAUCAGGCAAUCCACACAGGAGAAAAACCCCACAAGUGCUUGGACUGUGGGAAAAGUUUCAUAGAGCGGUCAGACCUUGUUAAACAUCAGGCAAUCCACACAGGAGAAAAACCCCACAAGUGCUUGGACUGUGGGAAAAGUUUCAUACAGAGGUCAGACCUUGUUAAACAUCAGGCAUUACACACAGGAGAGAGACCCCACAAGUGCUUGGACUGUGGGAAAAGUUUCAUACAGAGGUCACGCCUAUUUCGUCAUCAGGCAUUACACACAGGAGAGAGACCCCACAAGUGCUUGGACUGUGGGAAAAGUUUCAUAGAGCGGUCAGACCUUGUUAAACAUCAGGCAAUCCACACAGGAGAAAGACCCCACAAGUGCUUGGACUGUGGGAAAAGUUUCAUAAGAAGGUCAGACCUUGUUCAACAUCAGGCAAUCCACACAGGAGAAAGACCCCACAAGUGCUUGGACUGUGGGAAAAGUUUCAUAAGAAGGUCAAACCUUGUUCAACAUCAGGCAAUCCAUACAGGAGAGAGAUCCCACAAGUGCUUGGACUGCGGAAAGUGUUUCAUAUGGAGGUCUGACCUUAUUAAACAUGGAAGAAUCCACACAGGAUCUAAACUUCUGUGACACGUGGCAAGAAAGGUUUAAGCAACUUGCAUGUAAUUGACUCAGGGUCAACGUUUAGAGAGAGAUUUUAAAAGUGUGUCCACCUUAGAUAGCUAGAGAUUGAAAUGUAAAUGUGUAUUUUCAAAGACUUGGAAGAAGAGGGCAAGUCAUGUCUGAGUAACCUAAUUGCCUUCUAUGACGAGAUAACUGGCUCUGUGGAUGAGGGAAAAGCAGUGGAUGUGUUAUUCCUUGAUUUUAGCAAAGCUUUUAUAUGAUCUCCUACAGAAUUCUUGCCAGCAAGUUAAAGAAGUGUGGCCUGGAUGAAUGGGCCAUAAAGUGGAUAGAAAGCUGGGUAGAUCGACUGGCUCAACUGGUAGUGACCAAUGGCUCCAUGUCUAGUUGGCAGCCGGUAUCAAGAGGAAUGCCCCAAGGGUCGAUCCUGGGGCCGGUUUUGUUCAGUAUCUUCAUUAAUGAUCUGGAGGAUGAUGUGGACUGCACCCUCAGCAAGUUUGCCGAUGACACUAAACUGGGAGAACUG